UAAUACCUGUUACCCUGUAUAAGGGAGACUAUUGCAAAAUUACAAUUUCACACCUAUGGAGUCAUGGACAAGGCAAAGGAUGCGCGCUACAAAUCCCAUUCACUGAGACACUGACGACUGUCUUUUGUUUCCGUCAUUUCAUCCACUUUACUUGCUGAAACUUCUGCUCCGUGAUCCCUGCGGGGAUACAGAAGUGCAAUGGAAGCCGAAUUCGGAAAGUAUCGUCUUAACUGCGAACUCAGAGGUCACGAAGGCGAUGCCCGUGGGAUAUGCAUUUGUGGUGAUGCUGGGAUAGCAACCUCCUCAAGAGACAGAACUGUCAGAUUCUGGUCCCAGAAUCCAGAUAAAAAGCACAAGUACAUGCUGUCUAAAAUAAUGUUGGGGCAUACCAGUUUUGUGGGUCCAUUGGCUUGGAUCACUCCUAAUGAGAGGUUUCCAGAAGGUGGACUUGUAUCCGGUGGCAUGGACACAAAUGUGUUGCUUUGGGAUUUGAAAACAGGAGAGAAUGUGCAAACAAUGAAGGGACAUCAACUGCAGGUUACUGGUCUCACCAUAGAUGCUAAUGGAGACAUUGUGUCCUCGUCAGUUGACUGUACUAUACGCUGCUGGAGGAAUGGCCAUGCUGUUGAGUUUUGGGAAGCUCAUAAGGCAGCAGUCCAAGCGGUCAUAAAUCUACCAUCUGGUGAGCUUGUUACAGGUUCAAGUGAUUCCACCUUAAAGCUUUGGAGGGGGAAGAGUUGCCUACAUACAUUUGUUGGGCACACAGAUACGGUUCGAGGUUUAGCCGUGAUGCCUGGUUUGGGAAUUCUUUCUGCAUCACAUGAUGGUUCUAUCAGAUUAUGGGCAUUAACUGGUCAAGUUUUGAUGGAAAUGGUUGGUCAUACUUCAAUAGUCUAUUCUGUCGAUUCACAUAUCUCUGGACUUAUUGUUAGUGGAAGUGAAGAUUGUUUUGCCAAAAUAUGGAAAGAUGGAGUUUGUGUUCAAAGCAUUGAACAUCCUGGUUGUGUUUGGGAUGUAAAAUUCUUAGAGAAUGGAGACAUUGUGACGGCAUGUUCUGAUGGAGUUGUAAGGAUCUGGACAGUACAUGAUGAUAGAAUUGCUGAUUCACUUGAACUUGAGUCUUAUGAUUCCCAACUUUCUCACUACAAGUUUAGCAGGAAGAGGGUUGGUGGAUUGAAAUUGGAAGAUUUACCUGGUCUAGAGGCUUUGCAAAUUCCAGGUGCCAAUGACGGGCAGACAAAAAUUGUGAGAGAAGGGGAUAAUGGUGUAGCAUACUCAUGGAAUUCGAGAGAACAAAAAUGGGACAAAAUUGGUGAAGUUGUUGAUGGACCUGAUGAUAACAUGAACCGUGCUGUUCUUGAUGGCGUUCAGUAUGAUUAUGUAUUUGAUGUUGAUAUUGGAGAUGGUGAGCCUAUCCGCAAAUUGCCUUACAACCGAUCAGAUAACCCUUAUGAUACUGCUGACAAGUGGCUUCUAAAGGAAAAUCUUCCACUUUCUUAUCGGCAACAAAUAGUGGAGUUUAUACUGCAAAAUACUGGACAGAGAAAUUUCACUCUUGAUACAUCAUUCCGUGAUCCUUAUACGGGCUCUAGUGCUUAUAUACCUGGAGAACCUUCAAUUGCAUCAGGUGUUUCAACAAAACCUGUUUUCAAGCAUAUCCCCAAGAAAGGAAUGCUUUACUUUGACAUGGCCCAGUUUGAUGGGAUCCUCAAAAAAAUUGCAGAAUUUAACAAUGCUCUACUGUCUGACCUGGGGCAAAAUUCCUUGGCAUUAACAGACUUUGAGUUGUCAAAAGUGGAAGCUGUUGUUAAAAUCUUGAAGGAUACAUCACACUAUCAUUGCAGUAAAUUUGCAGACGAUGACAUUGGUUUAUUGAUGAAAUUGUUAAAGUCCUGGCCACAUGCAAUGAUAUUUCCGGUGAUUGAUAUCUUAAGGAUGAUCAUCUUACAUCCUGAUGGGGCAAGUUUACUUCUUGUGCAUGUCCAAGAUGAAAAUGAUGCGUUGAUGGAGAUGAUUAAAAGAGUUACCAUGCUUCCUGCACUGCCAGCAAACCUCUUAACCAGCAUUCGUGCUUUGACAAAUCUCUUCAAGCAUUCAUGCUUCUAUCAGUGGCUACAAAUGCACCGCACUGAGAUUCUUGAUGCCCUGUCAAGUUGUUGUUCAUCUACCAACAAGAAUGUGCAAUUGUCUUAUUCCACAUUGCUACUCAAUUAUGCUGUCCUAUUGAUUGAAAGAAAGGAUCAAGAAGGCCAAUCUCAAGUUCUAUCAGCUGCCCUUGAAAUUGGAGAAGAUGGAAAUCAAGAUGCUGACUCAAAAUUCCGGGCUCUUGUUGCCAUUGGAUCACUGAUGCUUGAGGGUCUUGUGAAAAGAAUAGCCAUGGAUUUUGAUGUUCAGAGCAUCGCCAAAGCAGCAAAGGUCUCAAAGGAAGCCAAAGUUGCUGAAAUUGGAGCUGAUAUUGAACUCCUAAUAAAACAGAGCUAAACCUCUUCUCACCAGGCAAACUGUCAUCUUAGAAUUCAGUGGGGAAGAUGGCUAAUAUUUGAGUUAUGACCCCCCCCCCCCAAUUUAAUUCUUCAAUCCAAUUUUCUCCAUGGUCACAGGGUUCAGAUGUGAAGAAAUGGUCUCUGAGAGAACAGAGAUGAACAGCAGGGGAUUGAUACGAUGAUACACCAUAAACAUCAUUGCAAUUACUAUGCUUGAGUAUGGAUGGCAUGUUAUCUACUUGUGUUUGACUUGACCAAAGAUGAAUUUCUAAACAUUGUUUCCAACAAAUGGCGGAUGGGAAAAUUUUUUCUUCUAGUGAAGUGUCAAUUUAUAGUUCCGCCAGUGGUUUGUUGGUAAUAAGACAUUAUCUCAUUAAGAUCAGUGCUUUUCGACUUCACAACAUGAAUUUCCAUGGUUUCUUUUUCU